AUGCAGAUGGCCUCCACUGCAAAUUUUGCACACACGCUCCGUGUUUUGUUGUCAGUUGGCAUCUCUGUGUUGUUCAUUGCCCAAAAAGUAGCAAUCUCCAAAGCAAUGCUGAAAAUCUGCAACGGCAAUACUAAUACAAGCACCAAAUUCCGUAGUAAUUUGAACAUAGUUCUUAAUAAUCUUGUAGAUAAUACUUCAUCGUCAAAUGGUUUCAAUAUCUCUACUUCCGGGGAAGGUGAAGACAGAGCAUCUGGACUUCUCCAAUGUCUGGGAGACGUAAACAUGCAAGAAUGCUUCAACUGUUCACGAGAAGCAAAUACCACCGUCCGCAACUCUUGUAAGGAUGCCAUAGGCGCUAAGGUUUGGCUGGACAAUUGCUACUUACGCUAUGAGAGGUACCCCUUCUGCGGAAAACUAAGUACCGACGGAGAGGUUGAUCCCAGUAUCGCAAGGGCCUUAGGUGACCCUAAUUUGUUUAGCGCGGCAGUUACGGCGCUUUUCCAAAAUCUGUCAGAUGAAGCCCUUGGUUCCCCUGAUCGAUUUUCUUCUGGACAAACAAAUGCCUCAAUGACUUACCAAACAUUCGGUUUCCUCCAGUGCUGGAGAGAUAUGACUAAUGUUAGCGACUGCAGAUCAUGCUUAUCAAUUGCAAUUAAGAAAGUGCUUGAUGCGACUGAGAAUGGAACUCGUCUUGGAGCUGUCGACGGCUUGGGAAGUUGCAUGGCACGUUAUAGCUCAACCUUGCUGCCUCUUCCAUCAAAGAAUUCCUCAAAGAAAAUAAAGAUGGUUCUGGGUAUUCUCGGCGGCUUGGUGGUGAUAGUACUGUUAUUUCUGUUUGCAAUCCGACGAAAAUUGAAGUGCGCAAUAUUAGGAAAGCUAGUCAUCUUAAAGAAAGAUACGGAUGUAGAUUCAGUGAUCAGCAACGAGCAUGAAAUAGUUUUUACCCUGGAGAAUAUUAAGGUUGCCACUAGAAAUUUCCAUGAAGAUAAUAAACUUGGAGAAGGAGGAUUUGGCUCUGUAUACAAGGGUAUAAUGCCAGAUGGAAAAGAAAUAGCAGUAAAGAAGCUUUCCUUAAAAUCAUCUCAAGGAAAAGUGGAGUUUUUAAAUGAGGUCAAGCUGGUGGCCAAAAUUCAACAUCGUAAUCUUGUGAAUCUGCUUGGAUGUUGCACAGAGGGAUCAGAACGUUUGCUUGUAUACGAGUUCUUGGUUAACAAGAGCCUUGACAAAAUACUAUUUGAUCCAGAGCAAAGAAAAGUACUUGAUUGGAGUACGCGUUCGAACAUCAUAUGUGGAAUAGCUCGUGGGCUUUUAUACUUGCAUGAAGAUUCUCAGCUGCGGAUCAUUCAUCGGGACAUCAAAGCAAGCAAUAUUUUGCUGGAUGAGAAAUUCAUACCAAAGAUAUCAGAUUUUGGCUUAGCAAGACUGGUCCAUCAAGAUGAGGCCUAUGUUAACACAAGGGUAGCCGGAACAUAUGGUUAUAUGGCACCAGAGUACGCUAUGCUAGGACAAUUAUCUGUUAAAGCUGAUGUCUAUAGCUUUGGCAUUGUCCUUUUAGAAAUUAUUUGUGGGAGAAAGAACAUUGAUAUUACAUUAUUCCCCGAAUCCUAG